AUGAAUGUAUAUGGUAACGGGGCCGGUGUAGUGAUAGUCUCUCCUGAUCAGAAGCAAUAUCCAGUUUUAGUUAAAUUGCACUUUGAAUGCACCAACAAUACAGUUGAAUAUGAAGCUUGUAUACUCGGCUUAGAAGCUGCACUAGAGAUGAAAAUUAGAAAGGUGGAUGUAUAUUGUGACUCAAUGUUGAUUAUCUGUCAGGUGAAAGGAGAAUGGCAAACCAAGGAAGAAAAGUUGAAGCCUUACCAGGAAUACUUGUCCACACUAUCAGACGACUUUGAAGAGAUAAAGUUCACCCACCUGGGAAGAGAAGGGAACCAUUUUGCGGAUGCUUUGGCUAUAUUAGCUGCUAUGGCUACCAUUGAUCUCGGGCAUAAGGUACAGCCAGUACACAUUGACAUCAGAAAUAACCCAGUUUAUUGUUGCUCAAUUGAAGGAGAGAUAGAUAGGAAGCCUUGGUAUUACGAUAUCAAGAACUUUGUGAAAAAUCAGGAAUAUCCAGAGGGAGCUUCGAAGAUGGAUAAGAAAACCCUAAGGAGAUUGGCCAUGGGUUUUUAUCUAGACAGAGAGAUUAUGUACAAAAGAUCAUUUGAUGGAACCUUAUUGAGGUGUUUGAAUGCAAUAGAUGCUAAAAAGGCUUUGCGAGAGGUGCAUAGUGAUAAGGUCAAUGCACCUCCGACCCCUUUGUUUAAUCUGGCAUCUCCAUGGUCAUUUGCAAUGUGGGGAAUUGAUGUGAUCGGGCCUGUUAACCUAAAAGCCAACAAUGGGCAUAGAUUCAUCCUUGUAGCUAUUGAUUAUUUCACGAAAUGGGCAGAAGCCUGUUCAUACGCCCAUGUGACUCAGAAAGUGGUGAAGAGUUUUAUAAAGAAAGACUUGAUUUGUUGUUAUGGUUCGCCGAAAAAGAUAGUGAUCGGUAAUGCACAGAAUUUCAAUGGUAAAAUGAUAGUGGAGCUCUAUACCAAAUGGAAGAUCAAGCAUUCAAAUUUCUCACCAUACAUGCCAAAGAUGAAUGGUGCCAUGGAAGCAGCCAACAAGAAUAUCAAAAACAUUAUUCAGAAAAUGAUAGUCACUUACAAAGAUUGGCAUGAGAUGUUGCCAUUUGCUCUCCAUGCAUAUCGCACUACAAUAAGAACCUCGACAGGAACUAUGCCAUAUUCUUUGGUAUAUGGAAUGGAGGCGGUGAUGUCGUUGGAAGUAGAAAUCCCUUCGUUAAGGGUGUUGAUGGAUUCAGAGUUAUAA